AUGGCACCCGAAAUUACCCCAAAUACCUUUCUCACCACCACAGUUUCUCCGUCAGACCAGAAAACGACAAUCUUCUUCAUCUCCGGCAAUCCGGGUCUGAUCGGCUAUUACCACCCAUUCCUCUCUCUACUCUCAAAGUAUCUAGACGAGCCAAAAGAGCAACAUGCACCAAAUUUACCAUCAUUUCAAAUCUACGGCUGUUCUCUCAGCGGCUUUGAAAUCGACCAACACCAGCCCCUACCGUCACAGAACAAUGGCAUCGAUCUCGAUCUCGAUCUCGAAGACCAGAUCUCCUUUGUUCAGGGAAAGCUGGCUGCCCUGGUGGGAGACGAACCAAACGGUAACGGUAAUGAUACUGUGAAUGCCGGAACCAGACAAAAAGUCAUCCUGAUCGGACACUCCGUUGGCGCAUAUAUCGCCAUGGAAAUCCUAAGACGACACCGCGAGGAAAAUCCAGAAAGUCCCUUCGAUAUCGUCGGCGGAGCGAUGCUCUUCCCAACUGUCAAGGAUAUCGCAGCGUCGCCUUCGGGGCAGAAAUUAACGACUCUACUAUCGAUCAUUCCACGCCUUGCUGUGGUGGUUAGUUUCCUCGCUCGACUACUUACACUCCUAUUCCCGGCAUCGCUUCUUCGAUCUGUGGUCCGGCUCGUCAUGGGUGAUCCCCCCGUUCAUGCUUUGGAUACUACCUGUGCUUUUUUGAAGAGUUCGCGUGGUGUACGACAAGCUUUAUAUAUGGCUGCUGAUGAAAUGCGGACUAUCACCUCGGACAAAUGGAGUGAUGAUGUCUGGGGUGCUGCAUCAGCACGUGAGCCUAUCGCUAAGCUGUUUUUCUAUUUCGGUCGUAAUGAUCAUUGGGUAGCUGAUCAGACGAGGGAUGAGAUUGUUGCGGUACGCGGGCGGAAGGGAGGGCAAGUUGGGCCGACUAUGGUUGUUUGUGAAGAGGGUUUGCCGCAUGCCUUUUGUUUGAAACAUAGUGAUGUGAUGGCGCGAAAGGUUGCGGGUAUGAUUGGGCAGAUUGUGGCCUGA